UGAGAGUAAACGCUGAAGAACAUUUCCUUGGCGUCGCGCUACUGAAUUGCGGAUGGAUUUUCGAACGGAACGCUGAUUUUCGCAUGCGAUUUGAACCUCACACAUUGAGAAAGGAGUGCAGUCAUGGCCAGUGAAGCGUGCCGUGUUCACCCCCUCAUCGUCUGCCACUUUCUUCUUCCUUCCUUCUAGAAGAACCACGAGAAAGAAAGGAAGGCGAAGCCAGCGAGCGAAACUGAGCGUGAAGAUGUCCAGAAACUGCUGGCACUGUGGAGGACUUGGCAGUUUGGCCUGAUAAAACCUUUCCCAAAGAGUGGAGAACCUGUCAGCGAAUUAUGAAUGAUAAACAAGAUGACCUCCUCCCUGAUGCAGCAGACGAUGAGAGGUCCUAGGUGGAACCGGGCACUGUCCGACCCAUUGUUUGUGCUGUCGCUGGCCCUGCAGCUUUUGGUGGUGGCUGGUCUGGUGCGAGCACAGACCUGCCCCUCCGUCUGCUCUUGUAGCAACCAGUUCAGCAAGGUCAUCUGUACGCGCCGUGGCCUUCGAGAUGUACCUGAUGGUAUUUCCACCAACACAAGAUACUUGAACCUUCAGGAGAACCUCAUCCAGGUGAUUAAGGUGGACAGCUUUAAACAUCUUAGACACCUGGAGAUUCUGCAGCUCAGCAAAAACCACAUUCGUAACAUUGAAAUCGGAGCCUUCAAUGGGCUGGCCAAUCUCAACACACUAGAGCUCUUUGAUAAUCGACUAACCACAAUUCCCAAUGGGGCUUUCGAGUACCUGUCUAAACUUAAGGAGCUUUGGUUGAGGAAUAACCCUAUCGAGAGUAUACCCUCUUAUGCCUUCAACCGUGUACCAUCGUUGAGAAGGUUGGACUUGGGUGAACUGAAAAGGCUGUCAUAUAUCUCAGAAGGUGCCUUUGAAGGCCUCAGCAACCUGCGGUACCUGAACCUUGGUAUGUGCAACUUGAAGGAGAUCCCCAACCUCAUUCCUCUUGUUCGUUUAGAUGAGUUGGAGAUGUCAGGAAACCAGCUCUCUAUAAUUAGGCCAGGAUCUUUCAAAGGCCUUGUCCAUUUACAGAAACUGUGGAUGAUGCAUGCACAGAUCCAGACGAUUGAGAGAAAUGCCUUCGAUGAUCUCCAGUCCCUUGUGGAGCUCAAUUUAGCCCACAAUAACCUUACACUCUUGCCCCAUGACCUCUUCACCCCACUUCACCACUUGGAGAGGGUGCACUUGCACCACAACCCUUGGAACUGCAACUGUGACAUCCUCUGGCUCAGUUGGUGGCUAAAGGAAAUGGUACCGGCCAAUACCAGUUGCUGUGCCCGCUGUUCAUCACCUACCAGCCACAAAGGUCGCUACAUUGGUGAACUCGACCAGAAUUAUUUCCAUUGUUAUGCACCAGUAAUCGUGGAGCCUCCUGCGGAUCUGAACGUAACCGAGGGCAUGGCGGCAGAACUGAAAUGUCGAGCAAAUUCUUUGACCUCGGUGAGCUGGAUUACACCUAAUGGGUCUAUUAUGACACACGGGGCGUACAAGAUACGCAUUUCUGUGCUCAAUGAUGGGACGUUAAACUUUACCAAUGUCACAAUGCAGGACACAGGAACAUACACUUGUAUGGUGAGCAACUCCGCAGGCAACACUACAGCCUCUGCUACACUUAAUGUGUCCUCAACAGAGAACAGCAGCUUCAGUUACUUCACCACAGUUACCGUCGAGACCACAGAAGCUCCACCUGAUGAGGGCCACCCAACAGUACAGCAAAAGAAUGGGCCCACUCCCUCUUCUGGAAUUUGGGAGACCUUGCCACCUUCCUUCACCACCACCACGACCACAGCACGGACGCCACUGUCUACAAAGGCUACCGACAAGACCUACACCAUCCCUGUCACAGCUCAGAGCGACGGCUCCCUCAACACCUUGGAUGAGGUCAUGAAGACCACAAAGAUCAUCAUCGGUUGCUUUGUGGCUAUCACACUCAUGGCAGCUGUCAUGCUGAUUAUAUUUUAUAAAAUGCGCAAACAGCAUCACCAGCAGAACCACCACGCGCCAACGCGAGCCAUCGAGAUCAUCAAUGUGGAUGAGGACUGCAUGACGGGUGGACCUGCCAUGGAGAGCCACCUAGCCCUGCCCCCACUUGAUCAUGAGCACCUGAAUCAUUACAACGCCUACAAAACUGCAUACAACCAUGCCUCCACCAUCAAUUCUAUACACAGCUCUGCCCACGAACCUUUACUAAUUCGGGCCAGCUCAAAAGACAAUGUACAAGAAACCCAGAUCUGAACUGCUUUUCAUAAUGGGGAUUAAACAAAGUCAAAAAAAGACCUCUAAAACUCACAAGGAACCGUAUGUGACAUAUCGAUUUUGAAGAUUGUCGAAGCAAAGACACAGUAGACAAGACGUAUAAGAAGGAUGUUGACGGAUUCACAAGAACAUUGAAAGUUGAGUGUGCGUCAGCAGUUUCAAAAGUGUCUUUACAUAACAGAAGUUAUUUAUUUAAGGAAAAUAACUAUUGUGGUUUAAUCAAAAAAAAAAAAAAGAUGUAAUCUGCAAUUAUUUUUCCAGCAAUUGUUUCUCCAUGUUUUUAAUGUUAUUUUAAGGAUUGUUGGUUUACUAAUAUGCUUUAAAACUCUGUUUAAAUCUGUUGCUCCGUAUGUGAGGACCCAACUCGAAAAAUCAUUUGCAGCUCAAUACAAAACUUUCCAUCUGUCUGAAAUCUCAUCACAUUUAGAGUAAGUACUUCUGAUUGUCACAUUAGAAAAUGUUUCAUUUUAGACUCCGCUGAAUUUGACAGCACCACAUUAUUCAUUUAUCCUCACCGAAAAAAAGAGGCUUUUGAAACCAGAUUUGAUGGUCGUAGUUGGUCUCCCAGUCUGGCCAGGCCCAUCUGUUGGCUAGUUUUACCGAGUUUUUGGGCUCCUUUCAACUUGACAGGCCGGGAGACGAGCUUAAACCGGCUAAUAUUUCAGCAGGGAUGGCUGCUACAAACGAGCUAUGGAUGUAUACCUGGCCUCUCCACUUAAUAAUUUAGAACAAGGAGCCCUAAAAACGUGUCCCCAUUUAAAAUCGGGCCAAAUGUCAUGAACGCAUGUCUAGUUGAUGCAUGCAGGGCAAUUUCAAAUCUUUUCAGUGCUCGGACCAAAGGAUUUAUGGAUUAGGUUCGCAUCUGGGGGCAACCCGUGUGCCCUUAAAAACCUUUUGAGACAUCUCAAAGUUAAAAUAAGCUUUUUAAUGGCAUACAACAUUGUGGAUUCCAGUGGCACUUUAUCCUUGACAACCUAGUAAAGUUUCAUACACAGAUUUAGGUGUCUCAUUCUAUGCCAAAUGCUAUAUGGGCAGGGGGUUGAAGAUGCUGUUUUUUUUAUUUUUUUUAAGUGGAAAUGUGGCAUAAAGUUGGUACAGAUGCAGCAUUAUUUCCAUUUCUGUCCAUUUGUCUUGGUGCUCACCAUGGAUACCGUUGAAUGAAUUCAUUCGGGGAUGUUCUCAAAGGCUGACAGAAUGCUGAAAAAGUGGGCAAAGUCAGUUCCGCUCAAAUCUGAAGCUUCCAAAGAUGCCACAGGCAUGUCUUUGUAGACUCUGUAAACUGAUUGUGCUUUUCCACUUUCACUCGCAUUAUAUCUAUCUUCCUCAUUCUGCGCUGUCAAUCUUUCUAAGCAGUUAUGCAAACUUUUAAGUCGGAUUGGAUCACUGUUAUUUGUUUUCGAUACAGACCAAGAAUGAUAAAUUCUUCUUUGGCUUAGUAGCCUUCAGGUGCUUGGGGGAAUGACUUGGCAUUAUGAAUUAAUUUAUGAAAUCAGAACGGCCUGAGACAGUCACUAUAGAAACCAAUGACCUUGGUGAGGCGAGUGGCUGACAACAGACAUUGGCUUGACACUCGCAAUAUAUUCCGAGUCAAAUGGGAAAGCAAGGCAAGUCUGGGUGGAAGAGCCAAAGUGGACUCAUUUGAAGUACAUCAUUUAAUCUAUACAGCAAGGCUGGAGGGCUAUAAGUAAUUUGAAUUAAACUAAUAAACUUGUGACAUUUUAGUUAAAUUUGUAGCAUUUCAGUUUGGCCGUUCAUAUUUCAUGCAAAACACACAGGGGAUCUGCAAGAAAACUUUCUCUUAUAGGUCUUAAUACAGAUGCCAACCGAUGCCAUGUGGCAUUUGGUGAACCUUUUUUCUCGUAUCAUAUUUUGAUCACACACCAGAUGGGACUCUGAUUUUUAAAAAUCGAAUGCAAUUAUGAUUGUCAGCUUUGUUAUUUCAGAUCAUUACAACAAAAGUUUUUGAGCGUACCUCCUGCCCACUAGAAGCAAAGGCCAUCUGGUGCAUUUUCUAAUCAAAAAAUCAAUGUAGAAGAAAAAGUGAGAGACUGUUGUUCAUCUGAAUAUGCUGCUCUUUCUAAACAUUUCCUUGUCUUUUUGCAUUUUUGUGUUGUCAACUUGAUGUCAAUCUAAACAUUAAUUAAUUACGGCAAAAGAUCCUUAUUGUUAAUGGAGUUUAGCACAGAAGUAAACCAAGUGUCACAGAGUAUUGCUUUCAUUUUUUUUUUUUUUUUUAAGAUUUUAGUCAUUGUCUUAAACUUUGGAAAAAGUCUGUUGUUUUUAUAAUAUUAUUAUUAUUAUUUGGAUUAUUUUCUAAGUUCUUGUGGAUUUAUUAUUAUCAUUAUUGGUUAUUAUGUCCCAUUCUGUAAACACAUCUGUGUUUUGGGUUUCAGUUUAGGAGGGAACGAGAUGCUUUUCUCUCUCCGUUCCACGUAACUUCUUUCUUUUCGUCUCUGAGAGGGAAUGCUGUUCUAGUGGUAGAUUUCUAUAAAAUACAUUUUGAAAAUAAAAAAAACAAAACAAAAAAAACUUAAAAAAUAAACGAAUAAAAACUUUUUAAAUUUUAAUUUUACAUGUGCCAAACUGUUCUAAAAGAUUUUAAAAAAGAAGAGCGAGAUAUGCUGUAAAAGAUGACUGGAUUGAUUUUCAUGUAAACAUUAUUUCAUGACCUUUAAAAAAAAAAAAAGAUGGAGAUCGAUUAUAGAAAUCAGAGUUUGUAGUUCAUACACAAGAUAAGGUUACAAAUAAACUAUCAUUGUCUUUUCUCUA